CGUCUGCGUGACACACGCGACCACCGCUGAGCUAGGCUAGACCAGAGCAAUGGAAAGUAGCCAGCUAGCUUGGUACUAGAUAACUGCAUUUCAAUCUGAAAACAAGAUAAACUGUCAAAUUUAAGACACCACCUGGAUGUACAACUACGUUUUUUUUUUUUUUUGCUGCUGCUGCAAGUUGACCCUAACCGGAAAGCCUUUUGUAGUGUUUCAAAACAAAUGUAGCCGCUAACAUCGUUUUUUUUUGUCGGAUAAAGAUUUUGGCUAGCCCUUUGCUAGCGCAGGCAGUCGUCAGUUUUGCUUAGUUAUACACUGAGAGCAAGUAAAAGAGAUACACUUGUGUGGAUUACGUAAACAUAUCAAACCAAGGUUUGUGUGAUUUUGCUAAAAUGCAUCACCAACAGCGAAUGGCUGCCUUAGGGACAGACAAAGAACUAAGCGACUUAUUGGAUUUCAGUGCGAUGCGAAACAGCGAUUUGAAAAUGUUCCCAACAUCAAUGAUGUUCUCUCCUCCUGUUAGUGGUAAAAACGGACCAUCCUCCCUCGGAAGUGGACAUUUUGCAGGUUCAAACAUGGGGGACAGAGCCAGUGCAGGGACUUGGGGACAUAGAGGUGCCCCUUCAAAGAGUUAUGCUGACGUUUCCCAGUACACUCACAUGACUAGCCGUGAAAUGGGGUCACACCCAAACGACAACAUCUCUCCUCCAUACCUCAGCUCCAGACUAACAGGUAAAACGGAGAGAGGAUCCUACUCCUAUGUAAGAGAUUCCAACCUACACGGGUGUCAUCAGCCGAGCCUCCUGGCAGGAGAGAUGGGCAUGGGCAGUCCUGGGGCGGUGUCGCCCACCAAGCCUGGGUCCCAGUAUUACCAGCACUACAACAACAACCCUCGUCGGAGACCUCUGCACAGCGACAACAUGGAGGUUCAGACAAAGAAAGUUCGGAAAGUUCCCCCUGGUUUGCCUUCCUCAGUAUACGCCCCAUCUGCCAGCACAGCUGACUACAACAGGGACUCACCAGGGUACCCUUCCUCCAAACCAACUAGUGGAGGGUUCCCCAGCCCCUUCUUCAUGCCAGACGGUCACCACAGUGCUGACCCAUGGAGCUCCUCCAGCGGUAUGAACCAGCCUGGUUACAGUGGCAUGCUGGGUAACUCCUCGCACGGCCCCCAGAGCAGCAGCUACUGUGGCACACACCUGCACGACCGGCUGAGCUACCCGUCACACUCCUCGGCAGACAUCAACCCCAGUCUUCCUCCCAUGUCCAGUUUCCAUCGUAGCAGUGGCUCCAAUCAGUACAGUACAGCCUCCUGCACUGCCACCACCAACGGCACAGACAGCGUCAUGGGUAAGACCUGGGGACAAGGACACAGGGCUGCAGAAGACAGGACAGAAGACAGGACAGAUCACAGGGCUGAUUACAGUGCUAACCGGGCGCAGAGCGGGGCACCGACCAGCUCUCAGACGGGAGACGCCCUAGGGAAGGCUCUCGCUUCGAUCUACUCUCCAGACCACACAAACAAUAGCUUCUCGUCCAACCCGUCGACCCCUGUUGGGUCUCCCCCAUCACUCACAGCUGCCAGUUCUGCUGUAUGGUCCAGGAACGGAGGACACGGUCCCUCCUCCCCCAACUAUGAGGCACCACUCCACUCUCUGCAGAGUCGUAUAGAGGACCGUCUAGAGCGUCUGGACGAUGCCAUCCACGUGCUGCGGAGUCACGCGGUCGGCCCCUCCACGGGCAUGCCCGGCGGGCACCAAGACAUGCACAGUCUCAUCGGGGCAGCACACAACGGGGCCAUGGGAGGACUGAGUUCUGGGUACGGCACGGGACUACUCUCUGCCAACCGCCACUCGAUCAUGGUGAGUUCUCACAGGGAGGAUGGUAACGUGGGCAUGCGUGGCAGCCAUCCUAUCGGACCAAACCAAGUGCCAGUCCCCCAGCUGCCCCAGCAGUCUGCCACGUCACCAGAUCUCAACCAGACUGAUACAUACCGGGCUCUCUCCAGUGGUCUCCAGGGCCAGAGCGCCUCGUCCAUCUCGUCAGAGAUCAAGUCGGAGGAUGAGGGGGACGAGAACCUGCAGGAUGCCAGAUCUAUGGAGGCCAAGAAGGAGGAGCCCGACAGCAAGGACCUCAAGUCUAUUGAUAGGUCAAGAUCUAGCAACGCGGAUGACGAGGACUUGUCUCCGGAGCAGAAAAUCGAACGUGAGAAGGAACGCAGGAUGGCCAACAACGCCCGGGAGCGUCUGCGUGUCCGAGACAUCAACGAGGCUUUCAAGGAGCUGGGGCGCAUGGUGCAGCUGCACCUGAAGAGUGACAAACCACAGACCAAACUGCUCAUACUGCAUCAGGCCGUGGCCGUCAUACUGAGUCUGGAGCAGCAAGUCAGAGAGAGGAAUCUGAACCCUAAGGCAGCGUGUCUGAAGAGACGUGAGGAGGAGAAAGGCUCGUCGGACGGCGGAGCGACCCUCUCCCUGGCCGGGCCGCACCACGCCAUGGGGGAUGCCUCCAACCCAAUGGGACAAAUGUCCAAGCUCCCGGAAUUCAUCAAGAUGAUGAGUGACCACUUCCUUUGACAACAUUCUUCUAUUUCCUGAACCAAUCAAUCAACCGAUCAUGUCAAUCAACGAUCGAUCGAUCUGACCAAUGUCUUGCCCUGACCACCUGUCUUUUGUCUUCUGUAGAAAUAAAUAAACCCAAAUGUA